AUGGCGGCGGCGAAGGAGGAGAGCUUCAAGCAGAGACCCGGCGAUGGCAAGACGAAUGGAGCGCAUACGCCAUGGGACGAUGGCGGCGCUGCCGACUACCUCUCCGUGAACCACAGCACAUAUGACGGGCUUAGUACACCCGGCACACCAGGCUAUCUGUCGAGAGCGACCAGCUCGACCGACGUUUCGAGCCAUUUCGACUCGUUCGGACAGCACGACUUUCCGCCCGUCGAUCGCCUGACCAUGUUCGACAUCCUCGAGAACCUGGCUCUGCCGCAGCGGUUGGAGAAGAUGCAGAAUGCGGUGCAUGCGCAAGCGGAGAAGGUGCGGCGGCAGCGAGCGAAGCUGGCGUCGCGCGCCCUGUCGAGCAAGAACAACCUCGUCGAACAAUGGCGGAAGACGGUGCCCUUGCGACCGGAGGAGCAACUGGAUAAGUACCGCAAGCGCAUGCGAGACUCCGUCGAUCGGCUCGGCCGGCGAUGGAACGAUGCGAAGAGCGUCACGCUGAAGGAGAAGAUCUCCUUCGUCACCGCUGUGCUUAACAUCUUCAUCUCCGGCUACCUCAUCGGCGCCUUUCCGCAGUACUUCCAUUAUUGGUAUACCCUGCAACUGGCAUACUUCAUGCCCCUGCGAUGGUACAACUACCACAAAAUCGGCUUCCACUACUUCCUCGCCGAUCUCUGCUACUUCGUCAACCUCCUGCUCAUCCUCUCGAUAUGGUUCUUCCCGCAAUCGAAACGCUUACUCAUCAGCACCUACUGCCUCGCCUUCGGCAACAACGCCGUUGCCAUCGCCAUGUGGCGUAAUAGUCUUGUGUUUCACAGCUUGGACAAAGUAACCUCCCUCUUCAUCCACAUCAUGCCCUGCGCCACCCUCCACGUCCUCGUCCACCUCAUCCCCGAAUCCAUGCAACUCGCCCACUUCCCCGCGAUCCACACCAUCAAAUACAGCCCCCCCUCCGCCCCGGAACACUACACCCUCCUCGACAUGAUCGUCUGGGCCACCCUCCCCUACGCCAUCUGGCAGCUCUCCUACCACUUCCUCAUCACCGUGCGCAAACGCAGCAAAAUCGCCGCCGGCCGCCCAACCUCCUUCACCUGGCUCCGUCGCUCCUACCGCGGGAACUUCCUCGGCAAGUUCGUCUUGGGCUUUCCGGAGAAGUACCAAGAAGCCGUGUUCAUGGCCGUGCAGUAUGUGUACGCGUUACUGACGAUGCUGCCGUGUCCGCUAUGGUUUUGGUACCGCUGGGCGAGCGCGGGGUUCAUGAUGGUGGUGUUUGCGUGGGCGACGUGGAAUGGCGCAACGUUUUAUAUCGAUGUGUUUGGGAAGAGGAUGGAGAAGGAACUGGAGCAGUUACGGAAGGAGGUGGCGAGGAUGGGAGCGAAGAGUCCCGAAAUGGGAGGGCAGAAUGGUGCCAGUCCCUUCACCAGCCCGGCGGGUCCGCAGGGAGUUGAUGGUGCCGCUGAUGGCGCGGGGAAGACGAGUGCGUUGGAUAUUGGGCCCAGUGCGGCGGAUGGUGGGGAGAAGGAUGGGCCGAAGCAUCGGCGUGUUUUGAGCGAGGCGUCGUCGACGUACUUGUCUGAUGGCGGUAUGGGUCAUGAUGGGCUUGUCAGUGCGCCGGAGACGCCUGGGUUGGAGUUGAAGAAGACGCUGGGCGCGUUGAACCCGGAGACGCAGGUUGGACCUAAUGAUAUUCCGAAUCUGAAUGGGAGAGCUGGAGACACGGACGCGAGUCAGAGUGUUACGGAUGCGGAGGAGGAGGAUGGGGAGGGGAAGAAGGACGCUUGA